AUGGUGGGCUCUCUAGGUAACAUCUAUGAGAGCGUUGAAAAGCUUAGAGAUUGCUACAUCCAACCAAAUCAAGAGAAGGCCUUCCUGCUAAGUCCCAGGCCUCCGGUAGACACUCGUAUCCCCAUUUUGCUUUCAGAUGAUGAACUGAUGGCUAGAGGGAUAUACAAGUGUAGUACAUGUGACAGUAAAAUCAAGGUUCUGCUGUCUGAUCAUGAAUUAAUUAAUCGGAAGUUAUUCCUGUGUCCUGACUAUCACAAUGUAGCUUCUGUUCCAAACAUAAAGUGUCCUGAUUGCGAGAAAGAAAUGAGCAUUGAGAUACCUUAUGUUUCUGCAGUGUCUGCAGAUAAGGGGACAUCGGUUGAGAGAGGUUUUGUUAAAGGGUUGACGUACAUGGUGAUGGAUGAUUUGGAGGUGAUGCCUAUGUCUACUACAACUUGUGUUACUGUGCUCAAUAAGUUUCAGGUUAAGGAUUUACGUGGAGUUGAAGAGAGAUUUGUAGAUUUCGGCUUGGAUGAGGGUCUGAAGCUCCUGCAGGCAUCUUUGGAAUGCAAGACAGUUCUAACAAGUGUUUUCCUUGGAAAUGAGGAAUCAUAAGGCUGUCAACAUUGCACAUUUCAAAUUCUGGAGUUACUGAAGACUUCUUUACAGUCAAAUGAAGCUCUCAUUAUUGUGUUCCCCCUAAAGAACUUGUUCAAGGGUGUUGCAGUGACUGAUCGAUAUGAAUUGUAUUCAAUACCUGUUUGAUUAUUAAAAUAAAUAUUUCCCUAUUUCUCCAUUCCAGUAGAUGUUGCAAACAGAGUCUUUGAUGUAUUCAUGAUGGAAAGCAUA